UCUUGAACGAGUUGCGGGAAAUUGAACAGCUGCGAUUCGCAGUAUACUAUAGGUACGGACGCACGAGCUAAUACACGGUACGAGUACGUACGUAGGUUUACGUUUAGAGCUAGUAUGUAUAGUCACAACGUUACUAUUGGGAGUAUUGAAUUUGACUGCAUUUCCCCCAGUUUAAUCUUUUGGCAUCGCGAGGCGGUCACUGGACAUCCCUAUUUGCAGUUGACGCUUGUAGAAAUAAUCUAAUUCAAUUGGAACCAGAAUUGAACUGGACUAAGAUUUUGUCAACUGUCAACUUCAUUCAAUUUCAAUUCAAGUUCAACAAAGUCUGAUCUGACUGUCAACUCCGACUUAGCUUAUUCUGCACUGCCACUGCUAACCUAAGUUAGACUAGAGCGAACUGAUCUUCUGACCAUGGGGCGUAAAAGUGCAAAAGGAAAAGAAAAGAAGAUGAAAAGAAAAGAGGAGCAAGCCAGAAUAGCAGCUGCUAUGGUUGUGGUUGAUGCAGCUAAAAAACUUGAAGAUCCAAUGCAAGACUUAGCUCCAUUCAAGAAAUAUAAAGAUCUUGAUCUGACCAUUGAAUGCAAGAAGGUUACUGAACUGGAGAAGGAUGUCACAGACUGGGUACUCAGUCUAGUCAAGACCAACAUGCAAUCAUUGUAUGAAGACAGUGACUGGGGAUGGAAAGAACGAGAGAAGAAAGAAGAGUUGUUAGAUGAACAAGCCCAAUAUUUGAUUGCAAGAACAGCAGACGAUCAGUUAGUUGGAUUCUGCCAUUUUAGAUUUGAUUUAGACUUUGAAGAUGAAGUCAUUUAUUGCUAUGAGAUACAGCUUACACCAGAAGUGAGGAGAAAAGGUCUUGGUAAAUUUCUCAUGCAGAUAUUAGAGCUUCUUGCAUUCAGAACCAAGAUGAAAAAGGUAAUGGUUACAGUCUUCAAGAACAAUAUUGUUGCAACAAAUUUCUUCAAGAAAGUACUCAAUUAUGAGAUAGACGAGACAUCUCCCAGCAUCUAUGACCCAAUGAACCCUGAAGAAUACUGCUAUGAGAUCAUGAGUAAAACAAUCAAACCAAAGAAAGUCACCAAACCAGUCAAGCCUCAAGGUUAUCUAGCCAGUGGACGGGAGCUCUUAAUGUAAUGAAAAGAAAUUGUAGAAGUAGUAAGUCAUGGUAUGCUGCACUCAUUUGGCCCAGAUUAAAAGAAAGAAUCAUCCUUGUAGGUGCAUUUUUCAAUUUGACAUGCAAUUGCUGAGCUGUUGUGUCUCUUCGAUAGAGAGAAUCGCAGAAAAUGGAAGAACCUUACCAUGAAUGACUACUGAUUAUUUGCACCUUUGUGUAUCAUGUUUUGGUACACCAAUAAGUAUGAGGAACGUUUUCUUGGUUUCCCAGAGCAUUUAUCCUGAAAGUCGAAUGAUGAAGAUUGUGACUGUAUGGAAAAUACGGUUUAUUGAUGGCUGCACAUGAUUAAGCAUCAUUUUGUAGGACUUUAACACUGAAAACACUUGAGGAAAUUAUUUAAUUGUUCCUCUGCUGGUCAAGUAGAAACUUCCAGGAUGGUAUUUCAGGCUGGUGACGUGUUCUUGAAUCAGGUUCUCUGUCAUUUCAUUCCUUGUGAUAUCUUGUAUAAAAAUAUCUACACACUUUCUUAACCCUAAAAGGACUGGGCUAUUUGAAAUGUAUCGAGGACGGGGGGGGGGGGGGGGGGGGGGCCCUUCUGAUCUCGGCCACCGAUCGCGCCGAAAUUUGGAGGGCAUAUUCUUAAAGGUAAAUGCUAGUUGUGGUAACGAUAUCAAAAUGAGUUCGUACAGAAUCCAAUGAAAUGACCACCAAAGUGUCUGUUUGUAUAAAUAAAACAUAUUUGCCAAAGAGUUCUGGAAGAAAUUGUGUAAUUGCUGAGAAAUCAGCAAAUAAGCACAGGAUUCGGGUCAAGCGUCGGGCCGACAUUCAAGGCAAUAAUAAUACACUGUCCCACGUGCGCUUAUCUGUGUUGGUGAUCUUCAGAUUUCAAGAUUUCACAAAGUUCAGUUUAUGUAACUGUACCAGAUCUAGAUCCUCGAUGAUAUACUGACAAUUAAGCCUAGUUUACAGACUUUCUCAUGAAAUCAGUGUUUACUGCAACUACUGGCAUUUCUCUUUAACCACAUAAACUACAAGCCAGUAUAUAAAAAAAAAUAUGAAAAUGAUUAUUUUUUUAUUCAUUGUGAAUAAAUUAUGCAAAAUUAUCCGUUAAAAAAACAUUUUCAAAUUAAACACCCAAUUUCACUUCAAAAUUUUCUUCUUUUUUUUUCCAUAUGUCAUCAUUGUUAUGUAAUUUAAAGGUGUUCAUAGAGAAAAAUUGCGAAAGCCAAUUUUUUCCUUAUGUAUUUCUUUGUUUUUUCAUCUUUUGUUUUUCAAUUUUUUUUCAAUAGAAAUUAUUACAGACCAUUUAACGACUAAAUUAAACCCUAAAUUAAUUAGGCAGACCAAUUAGAACAAAAAAAAUCACCAUUUUAUGAAUUUCAUCUCC